AUGGUGCGAACCCGAGCACAAACACACGCUGGGCGAGAUAUUCAUGGUGACACGAGUCCACGUCCCAAAGGCUCGAUCCUCACCGACAUUACAACGCCAGCGCGCAAAGAACCAGAUUGCGGAAGGAAGGGCAACAAAAGGAAGCGCCAAGACGACCGACAAAAGAGUACGAGCAAGAGGACGAAGUUACGGGAUUCAGGCCAAGCACCCGCAACAGACCACGAGAGAGCAAUUGCCGAACAACAAGUUGGCCGAAAGGGGCGAAGCGAGGACGAGCAAGGGAUUGUGGAUUGUUCACCCGCGUGUUUACGUUCGACUGACAAUAAAGCCAAUCCAAUCGCUUCCUGGGUAGAGAGUAAUAACUGGCCUGAAUCUUUCUUCGACCGCAACAUGGAUCGUGUUCUAGCGAGAAAGAAGUCAGCGUCAUCACUUCGGGGACGAAGUCGCAAGCGAUCGCAACCUGGCUCUGCAAGCUCCGUAACCCCAAGUGAUCAAAAACCGAGAGAAGAAAAGAGUGCCCGUUAUCGCGACGUUCGUUACAAGGAAGAAUUGAAGGAUAACAAAAGUUACAUGAAAGACUCGGAUUUAGGAAUUUCCGACGAAAGCAAAAAGCUAAUUAAGAGACUACUACACUCCGAGCAGAAACCCCCGCGAGACACGUCGUUUAGCGACACUUUAUUCUCCAGGACAUGCCAGAGCGUAGUGGAUAGGAAUGAAACCCGGAUUAAUCGCGAUAUCACACCAGAGCUUGUCCCUUCCGCUGAAAAACUCGCACAUCGCGGCGUACACAAGCUGGCAUGUCUUCUUGAAAGCACAAAUGAAGGUUGGAGCAAUUCGGUUCCCUUGACAAAUCCCCGCCCUCAGCCAGAUUACUCCGUUGGUUUCAAGCGAGAGGCAUUUUCCAGUGGCCAGCUUGAGAAAAUGGCGCCGAUGAUUGGCAACAGGAUAGCCGGAGAUCAAUCGAAGAUUAUGGCAACCUACCUGAUUUACUUCCCAUUUUUGUCAUGCGAAGUGAAAUGUGGCUCUACAUCUCUUGAUGAAGCAGACCGGCAGAACGCUCAUACGGCAACAUUGGCCGUACGAGGCGUUGUUGAAUUGUUCCUUGUGGUGAAGCGGGAGCAUGAGAUAGAUCGCAAGAUACUGGCCUUUUCGGUAUCACACGAUCACCGACAAGUACGACUUUACGGCCAUUAUGCCGAUUUUACGGGUGGAGAGGCAAAAUAUUAUCGUCAUACAAUCCGCACAUUCGACUUCACAGAGCUUGAUGGCAAGGAGAAGUUCACGUCAUAUCGUUUUAUCAAGAACGUAUAUGAAAUAUGGAUGCCGGGUCAUUUUUCACUGAUCUGUUCCGCAAUUGACCAGCUACCUGCUUAUCCUAGUCUCGAUGUCGCCUCGCUUCAUGAGUCAGAUCUUUCCCGCGAUCUUGAGGGCUACAACCUGUCACAGUCACAAUCGGAGAUCGACCCUACCAACGAGCUGGAGAACUGUCAGGUAGAUGCCACUCCAAACACCUCCUUCACCGUUGCGGGUCCGGCCAAAAAGCAAAGACGGCGCAGUGCAAAGGGGUAG